ACAGACUGUGACCAGGAAGGAGUUAAUGGAGGCCAGGCGCUGGGUCAGGAAGGCGAGGGUUAAUCUGGGGGGGGCGGGGGGUGGAGGCUCUCUCAGCUUUUCCUGUGGAGAGUGAGGUUUGGCUGCCACCAAAGUUACUUCUAGUCCCUGCUGUCCCUGCUGCCCUCAGUCUGGACCUGCCUUCGGACCCCUGCAUUCAGCCUCCCCACACAGAGGCCCCAGGAAGCCCCAGCCAACUGCUCUCAGCAACUCACUAGCUGCCUAACUGCGGUGGCUUAUGGGGCACUGUCCCGCCCCACUCUGCUAAGAUGCUCCUAGCCUCUCCCUCCACCCCAUCCAGGGCACGGACCCCCAGCGCGGUGGAGCGGCUGGAGGCCGACAAAGCUAAGUAUGUCAAGACGCACCAGGUGAUAGCGCGACGCCAGGAGCCAGCCCUGCGCGGGGGUCCGGGGCCGCUCAUGCCGCACCCCUGCAAUGAGCUGGGGGCCCCAGCAUCUCCCAGGACGCCCAGCUUUCUCUCUCUUUGCCUUAGGGGAUUUAUAUUGCAGAAGCGGGACUGCAAGGCUUUGGUGAACAAAGAGAAUGCCAAGGGCCAGGGGCUGGUGCGACGCCUCUUCCUGGGCACCCCCCGAGACGCCUCCUCGAGCAGCCCGGGCCCAACGGAGCGACCUGCGGCUACAGGAGGUUGGACCGCACCCCAAGAGGCCCCGGAAGCGGCGGGCAAGCGGGCGCUGUGCCCCACGUGCUCGCUGCCCCUGUCGGAAAAGGAGCGCUUCUUCAACUACUGCGGCCUGGAACGCGCGCUGGUGGAGGUGCUGGGUGCCGAGCGCUUCUCUCCGCAGAGCUGGGGAAUUCCUGAGCUCUCCAGUCGGCCUCACCUCUGA